UGCAAAGUUUUCCCAAUCUGAUCGAUUCGGAAGAGUUAGCGUUCUGGUUCUUCGUUUCCAUUUUCUUUUCCUCCAACGCUCCACGAUAUCCGGCAGCUUUGAUCCAGACGGCUUACGGCGGCUUCCAGUAAUUCGUGGCUCGGUCACUUUUCCAGUUCGAUCAGCUAUCCGUUUUUCAAAGCGUUAUCUACAGCUUCCACCAUUGAUGGCAGAGAAGGGCUGCUCGACAUCGGGGUGGGAUGCAGAGGCAGAGGAGCUCUAUGGGGCCGAGUCCGGAUGGGUGGAAGCUCGAACAUCGUGUGAUCAUUUGCCUUCGCUGUCUUCUGACCUCUCUCACAUCCCCGUCCCCGAUUCUCCUUGCACCAGAUGCCACCACCCUGCUGAAAACUGGCUGUGUUUAAGCUGUAAAGAUGUUCUAUGCAGCCGCUUUAUCAACAAACACAUGCUCAGUCAUCAUCAAGAAACAGGGCACUGCCUAGCUCUCAGCUUCAGUGAUCUGUCAGUAUGGUGUUUUGCUUGUGAAGCAUAUCUUGAUGUUCAGAUGAUUUGGCAGUUGCGACCUGUUUAUGAAGUUGCCCAUCUGUUAAAAUUUGGACAGAGCCCACCUUUUCGUGCCCUUGAAAGCCUGCAGUUUAGCACUCAAAGUGAAAGUUCCUCCUCAAGAUCUUAAUUUUCCGGUAUGUAGCUGCCACGGCUCCUGUUGAGGUGAAGAGAAAAGUGGGUUCCAUCCAUGUCUUCAUCCGUCUUCCGUUAAAACAGGGAUUUAUGGUGUUUUUAUUCCAGAACUAUACCAGACUGUGGGGUGACAGAAAGAUGUUAGAAAUAGCAGACAAUUUGAGUUCUGUUGGAACGGAGAUGCCAGCAACUGAACUCUAGAUUUGUUUCUUCUUUUCUUGUGUUUUUGCUUUGUCGGUGACGGUAAAUUGAUAGUGCAACCCUUAAACGAGUGAAGCCACUAGUUUCAUUCCCCAUGUUUGAAUUGAAAUUUCUUCCUGAGACGAUUGCCCUG